AAAUAAAAUUAAACAAACGCUCUAUUUGUACUUUCGGUUAUUAUUAUUUUUGAUGCAAAUCUAUCGUUUAUAUAAAAAAAAAAACCUCUUAAAGGUAAUAUUUGCAGGCGCACGUCCAUAGUUGACAAUAUUUGUCGCCAACAUCAACUACGAUCGCUAGAACGAUAACUUAGCUUUCGCAAUGGGUAGCACGGACUAUGUGGCAAUAAAAGACCUGAAACCAGGCAUGAAAAACAUCAACGCAGUCUUCAUAGUUCUUGAAGUCGGCGGACCGACUUUAACCAAAGAGGCUAGAGAGGUCAGGACGCUAAGGGUAGCGGACGCAGGCGCCGCAGUUAACCUAUCCGUGUGGGACGAGCCGGGUGCCCUACUUAUGCCUGGAGACAUCGUUCGGCUCACGAGAGGCUACGCCGCCUUGUGGAGAGGCGCUUUGACUCUGUAUGCUGGUAAAUCAGGAGAUAUACAGAAAGUAGGCGAAUUCUGUAUGUUAUUUAAUGAACAAGUGAACAUGAGUGAGCCACAACCUACGCCCCCUCCACCGCCCAUGUCAACCACCCCUCCCGCUGCUGCUCCGGCCCAGCGCGCGACUCCACCAGCCGUCAACAACAACAGCAACAACAAACCGUUUCAAUCAGACAACAAAAUGGGAGGACACAAAACUUAUGUUAGAGGACGGGGACAUCAGAGAAAUAACAACCGCAGGUAGCGCUCCAGUGAUGUUCAGGACUUUAUUCGUAAAAAUAUUUUGCGAUAAUGCUGUUUAUAUUUUAUUUAUAUUGGUGUGUAUAAUUAUGUUGGUAGUUAGCACAAAAAUGAUUGGUUUUAAUAUGAAAACAAGUAACAGUCAAAAUAUUUUUUUUGUGACACACACUUUUAUUGCUGACUGUACUUCUUCUCAUUUGCAUGUCUAUCGAGUACUUCUUAAGACCUUUCUAUUGAGCCUAAACUUGAUGUGUUUGUGUUUUUCCAUCGAGGAGUUCCUUUGGCUAUCUGCAUCAUCAGAACACCUCCAUGUUAGCAUAUUAUUACAUUGUCACCGGAAUUACGAUAGUACUCCAAAUUUCAACUGAAUCAGAUACCGGGAAGUGGUUCAAAUUUUAGGUUCAAGAUUUGAAGAACUAUAUAUAUACAUACAAAGGUAUAUAUGCAGUGAAGCUAAAUAAAAGUGUGUAAAAAACUCUUUAUUUACAUACAAGAUAUACAUAUACAGUGGUACAACAUAAACGAAAUUAAUAACUAGCUUAAAUCUAAAAUAGGCCCUUGAGGCAUUGUACCAUGGAUGCUGGCGGCAUUUCCUCGAUGUAUCACAAUGUUGAUACGUUGUGCGAGGAAGCCGCCAGCUCUUCGGUUACCAGUUACGUCAACCAGACGCUUCGCGAUUUAAUAUUAAGUUAACUUAUCAAUACUCA